UAGGCUAUCCCUAUGCUGUGAGUUGUAACAGCAUUGCCACCGUCUGUAUGCAUGCGCCAGCCGUCUACGUCACAGCAUCCUAGGGCGAGUGACACUGGAGAAAAACACAGGCUACCCAGUCGCCGCGUCCAGGGGUUGUAUUUUAUUUUUUUCAUACAGGAAGGAGGUAGCUUCAAAUAGGCUGAUCAUUUUUGAGCAAUUAUGGCCGACAUCCCGCCUGUUAUAAACAUCUCGAUCUCACUGAAAAUCCAGCCGAAUGAAGGACCGGUGUUCUUUAAGGUAGAUGGGACGAGGUUCGGACAGAGCAGGACAAUUAAAUUGCUAACUGGGUCCAAAUACAAAAUUCGGGUAGCGUUGAAGCCGACGAACGCUGAACCAGGAACCAUGGGUAUCGGCAGCGUCAAAUUCCCCCUGGAGGUGGAGACCAAAGACGAGGAAUCGGUAGUGUACACCGGGCUCUAUGACACGGAGGGCGUGCCGCACACCAAAAGCGGGGAGAGGCAACCUAUUCAGGUCUUCAUAGAGUUCAAAGACGCCGGCAUGUUUGAGACCGUCUGGCAGGUGAAGUUCUACAACUACUACAAGCGGGAGCACUGUCAGUUUGGCAACAAUUUCAACUGCAUCGAGUACGAGGUCAAGCCAAACGAGACGCGCAGCCUAAUGUGGAUCAAUAAGGAGGCCUUCCUCUAGGACCCCCCCGCCCAUACCCGCCUUCUAAGGGACUGGAGGGAGAGCCAGGGGGUAAGGGGAGGGGGGGUUGUCUAACCACUGUUACCAUCACAGCACUGUGGACUUGCAUUUUUGGUGGUUUUGGCCGAGCAGGAGGUGGCAGACAUUUUGAAGCGUGACGAGAUGUUGUUUUGUGUUCUUCCCCAAGAACUCUCUCUCUCUCUCUCUCUCUCUCUCUUCGCAUCCCCAUGCAAUGGCAUGAGGCAGGGGACAUGUGUGGUUUCCUAUUAUUGUUCCCUAUAAAUCUCCCUCUCUCUCUUUCUCUCUCCCUCUCUCUCUUUCUCUCUCUCUUUAUCUAUCUGUCUCCCUGUAUGUGUGUGUGUGUGUGUGUGUGUGUGUGUGUCUAUCUGCACCCACCGCUGCAGCUCUCAGUUCUGUGUUGGUUGCAGUAACGAGAGAGAGGACCUCUUUUGUCAGCCGUGGUCCUAUCCAAAGCUUUGUGCUCACAGCCUACACUCUCAGAGAUGUGAGAGGAGGAUAUCUUUUUAUUAAUGUGGGCAAAAAGGAUCUGCAAAAAAAAAAAAAGACGGUGCUGGAUAUACAUUAUAUUGCCAGUGCUAUUCAUGCUAUUAAAUAUAGAGGGAAACGGUUACCAUGGGUGGUUCUUUAGGACCCACCGCAGACAAUGAUCAUUAUUAUCAGCUUGUGAAGUGUAUGUAUUUAAGCGUGAAUGUUUUGCCGUGAAAAUGAUUUUAACUCGCUGAAUUUAUUCUGACUGUACAUACUAACCUGUUUCCACCCCAUAUCAAUUGGUUGUGUUAGUAUUGUUUUACUACGGAUGUAUAAAUACCUUUGUUUAAUUUGCCUAAAAGCACAAAGUGGUUAAGAUAUCAGGAUUGUUGUCUUCAUAUGCCUUGUUUGUUUGUUUUUUUGUUGUUGUUGUUUUGUUCUUUGCUCACACGCCUGUAACGCUCACAGCUUUACUUUUGUGAUAAUUUGUAUGCUGCCUUGUUUGUGGAUUUUGAUUGUUUUAUAAAUAUAUCAAGUUGCAUUGCUUGACAACUUCCUGUUUUACUCUGGUCUGAAUGAAGAAUGCAUAAAUAUGUAUCACUUGAAUCAUGUACGCCAGUGCCACCUGAAAAACAAGACAAUGCAAUAAAUAUAAAGAUAUCA